GCCGGCGCUGCUGCCCACGGGCGCUGAGGGGGCGGGCGGGGAGCAGCAGCGGCGGCGGCCAUGGGCGAGACCGAGAGGCUUUAUUAUGUGUACAGCUGCGACCUGGACAUCAACGUGCAGCUGAAGAUAGGAAGUCUGGAAGGGAAAAGAGAACAGAAAAGCUACAAAGCUCUCUUAGAAGAUCCGAUGCUGAAGUUCUCGGGACUGUACCAAGAGACUUGCUCUGACUUGUAUGUAACCUGUCAGGUGUUUGCAGAGGGGAAACCGCUUGCUCUUCCAGUCAGAACUUCCUACAAGGCUUUUAGCACUAGAUGGAACUGGAACGAAUGGCUGAAACUGCCUGUGAAGUAUCCAGACUUGCCUCGGAAUGCUCAGGUGGCUCUGACCAUCUGGGAUGUAUAUGGACCUGGUAAAGCCGUUCCUGUGGGAGGAACAACGGUCUCACUCUUUGGAAAAUAUGGUAUGUUUCGACAAGGAAUGCAUGACCUGAAAGUCUGGCCCAAUGUAGAAGCUGAUGGCUCCGAGCCCACCAAAACUCCUGGGAGAACCAGCAGUACAGUCUCUGAAGAUCAAAUGAGCCGCUUGGCAAAGCUCACCAAGUCUCAUCGGCAAGGUCACAUGGUGAAGGUGGAUUGGCUGGACAGACUCACGUUUAGAGAAAUAGAAAUGAUCAAUGAGAGGGAGAAACGAAGCUCCAAUUUUAUGUACCUGAUGAUUGAAUUCCGUUGCGUCAAGUGCGAUGAUAAAGAAUAUGGAAUAGUUUACUACGAAAAGGAUGGUGAUGAGUCAUCUCCAAUUUUAACAAGUCCUGAAAUUGUUAAGAUUCCUGAUCCCCAGAUGUCUAUGGAGAACUUAGUAGAAAGCAAACAUCACAAACUUGCUCGAAGUUUAAGAAGCGGACCUUCUGAUCAUGACCUGAAGCCUAAUGCAACUACACGAGACCAACUUAAUAUCAUAGUGAGUUAUCCACCAACAAAGCAACUAACGUAUGAGGAACAGGAUUUGGUGUGGAAGUUCAGAUAUUACCUUACUCAUCAGGAGAAGGCCUUGACAAAGUUCCUGAAGUGUGUCAACUGGGAUCUACCACAAGAGGCAAAGCAAGCGCUGGAGCUGCUGGGCAAGUGGAAGCCCAUGGAUGUGGAAGAUUCUCUGGAGCUUCUGUCAUCUCACUUCACCAACCCAACGGUGCGGCGCUACGCUGUCGCCAGGCUUCAGCAGGCUGAUGAUGAGGAUUUGCUGAUGUACCUGCUACAGUUAGUCCAAGCAUUGAAAUAUGAAAACUUUGAUGACAUAAAGAAUGGCCUGGAGCCUAGCAAGAGGGACAGUCAAGGUUCCAUGUCAGAAGCUAUGACAACAUCUGGAUCUAAUGCUUCAGAAAUUGACAGUUCCCAGAUUAUGAGUCCUAUUCCACCUGUUUCCUCUCCACCUCUUACUUCUAAGACAAAAGAGCUUGCAGAAAAUGAAAACCUUGAUCAAGACCUUUGCACUUUCUUGAUAUCACGGGCAUGCAAAAAUUCCACGUUGGCAAACUACUUGUACUGGUAUGUAAUAGUGGAGUGUGAAGACCAAGAUACACAGCAGAGGGACCCAAAGACUCACGAAAUGUACUUAAACAUGAUGAGAAGAUUCAGUCAGGCUUUGCUGAAGGGUGAUAAGUCUGUCAGAGUUAUGCGCUCGCUUCUGGCAGCCCAGCAGACGUUUGUAGAUCGGCUGGUUCAUGUAAUGAAAGCAGUGCAGCGUGAAAGUGGGAAUCGUAAGAAGAAGAAUGAGAGGCUUCAGGCAUUGUUAGCUGAUAAUGAAAAGAUGAAUUUAGCAGACAUGGAACUUAUUCCACUUCCUCUGGAGCCUCAGGUGAAAAUUAAAGGAAUAAUCCCUGAAAAAGCCACACUCUUCAAGAGUGCCUUAAUGCCUGCUCAGUUAUUCUUCAAGACAGAAGAUGGAGGCAAAUAUCCUGUGAUUUUUAAGCAUGGCGAUGAUUUACGUCAAGAUCAACUUAUUCUUCAGAUUAUUUCACUCAUGGAUAAGCUGUUAAGAAAAGAGAAUCUGGAUUUGAAGUUGACACCCUAUAAAGUGCUGGCAACUAGUACAAAACAUGGCUUCAUGCAGUUUAUUCCGUCAGUACCAGUUGCAGAAGUUCUUGCUACUGAGGAAACUAUACAGAACUUCUUCAGAAAACAUGCCCCUAGUGAGACUGGCCCUUAUGGAAUCAGCGCAGAGGUGAUGGACACGUAUGUUAAGAGUUGUGCUGGUUAUUGUGUGAUUACUUACAUCCUUGGAGUUGGAGAUAGACAUCUGGAUAAUCUGUUGCUAACAAAAACAGGUAAACUGUUUCAUAUUGACUUUGGUUAUAUUUUGGGCCGGGACCCCAAGCCCCUUCCUCCCCCGAUGAAGCUGAACAAGGAGAUGGUGGAAGGCAUGGGAGGCACCCAGAGCGAGCAGUACCAGGAGUUCCGCAAGCAGUGCUACACAGCGUUUCUCCACCUCCGCAGGUAUUCCAACUUGAUCUUGAAUUUAUUUUCCCUCAUGGUGGAUGCCAACAUUCCAGAUAUUGCUCUUGAACCUGACAAGACUGUAAAAAAGGUGCAGGACAAGUUUCGUCUGGACCUGUCUGAUGAAGAAGCUGUCCAUUACAUGCAGAGUCUAAUUGAUGAGAGUGUCCAUGCCCUCUUUGCAGCUGUCGUGGAGCAGAUACACAAGUUUGCACAGUAUUGGAGAAAAUAAGCUUUUUGCCUGCUCAUGGUGGAAACAAGCAAAUUCACAAAACAGAGACUUUUCUCAAGCCCUUGUGGACUUAACCAAACAGUUUUGGAAGGCAAAAGCUGCAGAUUUAAUAGUGUGAAGAACUGACAACUCAGAAGGUAGAGAAGCUUUUUAAAUCUCUGUUCAUUAAAGGUAUAAAACCAACCAUUUUUUUAAAGGAAUAUCAUUGUUUGUACCAUCCUUGGGAGCCUCAAAGGUUGAAGUAAGCAACUUCCUCUCAAGCCAAAGAUAACUGGAAGAGGUUGGAUUUAAUGGUGAAUUCUUGUACGUGUUAAUAUUUUCUUAUUUAAAAACAGAAGUAGAUACAAAGCCAAAGCAGGGAGGCUACAGUUUCUUGGUGCAGAAAAACCCCUCACAAAACUAUGGUAAUCCUCUCCUGUCCCUCCCCACCCACUCUGUUCCCUGAAUAAGUUUUAAAUGUAAUUCAUAGGAUCCUUUAUUUCCUGCCAUAGGCAAUGUUACCAUUUAGAAUGGACAGUCAUUUUUUGCCUGCUUACAAAGUGUUUUUAAGUACUGAUAAGUUACCCCAGCUGUAGGCAGCCAAUUAAAUGAUUGCUAACGGGCUCAGCAAUGGGAAUGCACAGUGAGCAGUUCAGUAUUUCACGCUUGAACUCUAAAUGUUUUCUGUACAGUGAUUAUAUAUUCUUCACUCUAAUAAAAAUCUUUGUUGUUGCAGU